AUAUAUUUAAUUUUUGCAGGCAUAAUUUGUAUUAAAUAAGAUUAAAAUAUCCUAACAGUCUAACAAAUAUACACGAAAUGGCUGAAGGAGGGCGGCAACCUCCAGUUAUUAAUGUGCAACUGCCAGCUAUCAAUGUUCAUUAUCAGGAAGGAACGAGAUUUGCUGGCGACAAUGUUGGGCAGAAGACUAAAAUCCAGGCCGCAGAAAUUGGUCAGAUCGUCGUCCCAACAGAAGGUUCGAACGUUCAGGCACCUACUCAUCACUCCCCUCAUGGCGUCACUGAUAACCCUGGGACAAGUGACGUCACUGAUUAUCUUGGGAGAAUGAAUCUGACCGAAGGAAUGCAUUUCGUUACAUAUGAGAAUAUAAGACGAUUGAUUCACCAAUCCAAGUUCGUGGACGCGCUGAUUACUUUGCAAGAUAUUCCAAUUUCUCAGGAACAACAAUUCAUGUUGUCAGAAUGCUACUGUCAACUUGAAAAACCGGAUAAAGCAUUGAGGUGCAUUGAAAAGUUACAAACGAUAAUGACGUCAUCAACAAGACCUAGUGUCGAUGACGUCAUCAAAUUAGUUGAUAAUUACAUUUCUGAUUCGUCUCAUAUUCGUGCAUUGAUUUUACUCUCUUGUUGUGCUAAGUUGUAUAAGUUCGAUUCGAACCCAGAUAAUUCGGUUGUUGGGAUUAAGGAUUGCGUAUUCAAAUGUUACAGUGUAAUCCAAUCCCUGGCUAAUGAAGGCGAUAGAAUGAAAGCGGUAGCGAGAGAUGUUGGCUUAAAAAUAAUCACUGAUAUGUUGAGAGAGUUGAGAUCAGUAUCAGGAGUUGAUAAGAAUACGAAGGCGGUUAUGGAGGCGAGAUGCUUGAAUAAUGUUGGUAUUAUUUACGUUGCAGUUGGUAAAUAUAAGGAAGCUACCGGGUUUUAUAAUGAAGGUUUGGAUUCGAUGAAACAAACGUUUGGUUCGAACCCUGCAAAAUAUAGAGUGUUUGGGGAUCUAUUAAACAACAUUGGUAAUGCGCAUGAUAAACUCGGUGAUUAUUCCAAGGCUGAACCGUUUUAUUUGCAAUCUCUGGAUGCAUAUAAGAAAGCUGACGAUUGGCCAAGUGAUAAGGAGAAACACGAAAUAAUAGAAACGACAAAGAACAACUUGAAAAACACUCGAAACAGAAUGAAAAAGUGA